GUAAAAAUCCGCCUCUGGUCAGUUGUUUUAAAAGCUUCAAACUUGAAAUGAAAAGAUUGAGCUGGUGGGCAAGCAAUUCAUGUUUUAUGAAUGAAAUGUGCGCUUAAGUGUCUAUGAUUUGAUUCGAAACUAUAACAUUCUUGAAUGUUAUAGCUUUGUAUCAUAGUAUGAAGAAACACCUAAGCACAAGUUUCAAUCAAAAAAAAAUCAAAUACUUGCCUGCCGACUAAAUAUCUCCUUUCAAGUUGAUUGUCUCUGGCUCCCAGUGUUGCUCUUUGUGAGUUAGAGACUUAGAGGGGCAUCGAAAGUCCAUCAAAAAAAACUUUGAAUCUGAGGUGUAGAUCUUUUACCGCAAUUAUGCAGUCAAAAGUGUUAGCUCUCAUGACAUGUACACAAUUCUCAUUCAAAUCAAAGCCGACGAAUGCUCCUCACGAGGUGGAACCUCGGCUGGAAUUUGUGCCCAAGGAUACGGAGUUUGUUGCACCUUUACUGUGGCAUGUGGCGCUACAAUCUCGCAAAAUUGCACAUAUCUCGUUCAAGAGGCUACCACCAACCCCUCUACCAAUCCAUGUACUUUCACAAUUUGCAAGCAAUCUUCCGAUAUCUGUCGGAUUCGUCUCGACUUCACGACUUUCUCAAUUGCCGGGCCAGCUGUAGGAACGACAUCAGCUGGUGACCCAAUACCCGAAGGAAAAGGUGGUUCAAUUGGAGAUUGCAAUGUUGACUCGUUUAGCGUCACUGCCCCAGGAUAUAAGUCAUCCCCUGUUGUUUGUGGAUUCAACUCGGGUCAACACAUGAUUCUAGAUGCUUCAAGUUUUUGUCAUAAAGCAACAUUUGAUUUUACCGGAACUGGAUCAACGCGUCAAUUUGAUAUUAAAGUCACUCAGUAUAAUUGUGGGGAUGAAAGAGGAGGUCCGAAAGGCUGUCUCCAAUACUUUACAGGAGCUUCGGGAAAGGUUGCCAGUUAUAACUUUCCAACAACGUCUUCAACAUUGUCUUCAACAGUGACACACUUGUCGAGUCAGUGUUACACAAUGUGUUUCCGACAAGAAUUAGGCAAAUGUGCCAUUUGUUUUACCGUCGUGUCCAAAGGAUCAGCCGCCAUUGACCAAGGAUCUUUUGGUCUGUCUGUUUUAAGUGCUCCAGGAGCGGAUGUGACAGCGCUUCAAGAUUCAGGAUGCACAUCAGACUAUCUGGAGAUCCCGGGCAGUGAACAAGAUGGGGCCCCUCCGAACGCCUUCGCUGUAGGAGUCACUGAUGCUUUAGGUCAUGACCGUGUGUGCGGUCGAUUUUUUGGCUACUCCAGUGUUGCUGGGUUAGUUGGAGCUGCAAACAACGAUGAGUCGAUCUGCACUCAACAGCGGCCAUUCAGAAUGAUCUUUAAAACGGAUGCGGAUGAGUCAACGAUUGGGGGUACAAUGAACGACGUCCAUACUAACGAACUGGCUAAAUUUCCCGGAGGGAUUAUUGGAUUCCAUCUCCACUACGCUUUGCAAGAUUGUUGAAUCCUGUGAUUGUGGAGACAAAUGUUUCAAUCCAAAUGUUACAUUACGUUGGUUUUCAAAAUUUCAAAACGUGGACCAUGUGUAUAAAAAUAUAUUAGCACCUAAUUCCAGCA